CUGACAAUCAGUGAAUGAUAAGAAAACAUAUGAAGCAGCUUCAUUAUGUGAUGACAGUCACAAUGGAUGCUAACAGGCUGCUUUGUGAUGGAAAAGUCAUGACCCCUGCCUGCUCAAAAGCACUGCAGGACACCCUCCUGGUGAGUGAGAUGGCAGAGCAUGGAGUUGAAAGUGAACAACCUCAGAGGCGUCUUGGUGUGAAGGAACAAGAAAAUGGAGAGUUGGCAGACUCAGAGCCGUCUGUGGAUAAAAGAAAACAGAGGGACAGAGAAGACCGAGAAACUCUGGUGUUGUGGAAGAAUCCUCUGCUCACAGUAUACUACUUUACACUGGAGCUGCUUAUCACCCUCAAAGAAUGGGCAUGGAGGCUCUGGCAGCAAAGACAAACUGUGUUUGGCCUGCUGAUCCUGCUUAUUCUCCUCUACAUCGCCUACUGUAUUGAAGGAGCGCACCAGAAGUAUGUGCGCUACAUAGAGAAGAAGACGCUGUGGUGCGCCUACUGGGUCGGUCUGGGCAUCCUCUCCUCGGUGGGUCUUGGCACUGGCUUGCACACUUUCCUCCUCUACCUGGGACCACACAUAGCAUCAGUGACCUUGGCGGCCUACGAAUGUGGCUCUGUGGAUUUCCCCGAGCCACCCUAUCCAGACCAAAUAGUCUGUCCCCAGCAGGAAGCACAUGCAGGAGGCUCUGAUGCAGAGGGAGUGGGAGUGGAGUUGGCGGGGGCCGACGGGUUGGUGGGGUCAGCAGCAGGAAGCAUCUCUCUCUGGACCAUCAUCUCCAAAGUCCGGCUGGAGGCUUGUAUGUGGGGUGCAGGUACAGCUAUUGGAGAACUUCCUCCAUACUUCAUGGCUCGAGCUGCACGGCUGUCAGGUGCUGACCCCAAUGACGAGGACUACCAGAGGUUUGAAGAGCUGCUGGACCAGUCCCUCUCUGCUCAGGACUUUGCCACCCGGGCUAAAAUAGCUGUGCAGAAACUCAUUCAGAAGGUCGGCUUCUUGGGGAUUUUAGCAUGUGCUUCUAUUCCUAAUCCCCUGUUCGACCUGGCUGGAAUUACUUGUGGACAUUUUUUGGUUCCCUUUUGGACUUUUUUUGGUGCAACUCUCAUUGGAAAAGCAGUCAUCAAAAUGCACAUUCAGAAACUGUUUGUGAUCGUCACCUUCAGUAGGCACAUAGUGGAGCAGAUGGUCUCCUUCAUCGGAUCUGUUCCUCUGCUGGGUGCGGCACUGCAGAAGCCCUUCAGGGAGUACUUGGAGGCCCAGAAGGCCAAGCUGCACCUUCACACCGGAGAGGGGAUCCUGACUGAGGAGAGCUGGCUGUCGUGGCUCUUCGAGAAGGUUGUGGUCGUCAUGGUAUGCUUCUUUGUCUGCUCCAUUGUCAACUCCAUGGCGCAGAGUUACGCCAAGCGCAAGCAGCAGGAGAAAUACUCCGAGGGGAAGACGGAGUGAAGGCCGGCACGCGAUCACGGCGAACUUCACAGGCUCCCAUGACUUCUUUCCUGCUGAUGCCUUGACAUUCUACGUUUCUGCCUCCAUCUGGUUUCUCUUCUUGUUACUGUAGCAACAUGUUUAUGUUGAACUUGGACUUACAUUUUUCUUGCCUUUUUUGUUUUUUUGAGGGCUUUGCAAUUGCUAGUGAUUUCUGCAGUAAGGUAGGUGCUUUCUCGGGUGCGUGUGAGUAAGUUGUUGUCUGUGUUGGUGCUUUUAGCAGCUUGUGAGCACGUGAGAAGAAGCUGCCAGCUGUAAUUCUCCACGGUGAGGCUUUAAGAUACACUUUUAGAUCAUAUAUGAACCUUUAAGUCUUGUGUGAUUGUAGAGACUCUAAAUUUGAAUAAGCUAGUGUUAUUUCUUUAGAUUUGUGUUGGUAUUUAUUAAUUCACUUAUUUAUUAUCUAUAUUUGCUGGUUUGAAAAUAAAUUAUUCAGUAUUUUCAGAUGUAAAGUAGUUGUUUUAUCAGCUAAGGUUAAAUCAGGUCCACCUGGUUUCUACAUAUUGUAGAGCUCAUACGUCAGUUGUAGUAGUGAUGUUAAUGAUUGUCCCAUGUUGUUCAUGGACCACUUCUUCUUGUGAGUGCAGUGAUGGAAGAAAAAAGGCUCAUCUUACUGAUUUCUUCGGGUUUAAAAUGAUAAAUCGGCCAUGAAUUGACCUGCUGGUCCCUUUGUCUGCCCUUAUUGUUCUGCUUCCAGGAAGAGAGUACAUGAGUCAGCCUGGGGGCUACUUUACCAGAUGCAGCCGUAUAUUGAAUCAGAUCUCUGACUUUGUGUGUGAGCGUGUCUGUGUUUGGGAGAAAGAGACCGAGAUAGUCGGCUGCAUGGCUGCCACAUUUGUUUUCCUCCCUUUUAUCUUUUAUGGAUUAAAGCAGAUUGUGCUCCGGUAAUAGACUUCAGUAGGAGUCUGCCUGGAAGUUGAAGGUUAGCAGAUAGUAGCUGUUCUUAACUUAGAGAGCCUGUGUCGUGCUUUUCUUUGUCUUCACUUGUCCACCAAGGGUUUUUUUUUUUUAUCCUUUUUACACCAGACGAGGACAGCAAGCUAAUGUUUGACAUCACAGAAGCCUCUCUUAAAGCAAAACUCCUCAUUUAUAUAAUCACUCCUCCUCUUUUGGAUAACGUCAGCUUUCUUUCGUAAAUCUUCUCCUUUUUUUCCUUAAAUUGCCAGAGAAAUGUGCUAUUUUCUCCCUCUCUGUACCGCCGCUGUGCUACGCUGGACUGAGCACAGUGGGCGCUAGAGCAGGCACAAGCAGGAGGGAGGGAGAGAGAGGAAAAAAAACCCUCAAGCGCAGCACAGUGAAAAGCGUCUGUGCCGUUACCUCAGCUGAACCUUCGAAUGAACUCGUUGCACUGCCCCAGUCACGGAGCCAGGAGACGAAUCACUCGAGUAGAUUCAAAACAGAGGGGUACUGUUGAGUGGGCUGAACCCUACGCUCUGCACCAGCUCUAGUUAGAACAUUUUACAUCUCCUUUUUUCUCUCCUGUCAUGGUAAGUCGGAUUAGGAUUCCUUUUUUUGUUGUUUCAUUGUUGUCUGUACAUGCGUUCAUCACUCUCUCGGCCUGUCAGAUAGCUUAUCAGACUGGUGUUGGCUGUUAAGAUUGCAAGGCGACAACAGUCUGUAGGCUGUCUGACAUUUCGGGCUCUCUCAUCUGACCAGCAUCCUGUUUUGUCCUCCUUUCUGUUACUGUCAUUGUUUCAGUUAGCAUCAGUUCCCAUUUUUAGAGGUGUGUGUGUAUGCUGCUGCGAUGUCACUUCCCUUUAUCCAAACCGCUCCUGUAGCAUCAGAGACAUGGCUCUAUUGUUUAUUUCCUCCAUGCUGACGUCCGUGAGGGUUUUUAUGUGGUUUUAUGUGGGGGGAACCGUGUCUUCUCAUGUUUGCAGAUGCAGAUGUAGUGAUGUCAGUGGUGUUCCUCUGUAUAUGGUUGUGUGAGUGCGUGUAUGAGUUGGCUGAGUCCUCUUGAAUUUCCAGAGAAUCCAGACGGCACACACCUUAUUGCAACACAUCACAUUGUGACACCGAGUCCUAGGUAUGGUACACAUAGUGCUCACUCGGCUCUCCCCUUCCCUUUUACACUUCCCUCUUCUCGUAUUCGGAGUACUUGCUUUUGUUUCUCAAUGUCCACUUUUUUGUUCUAGGAAGCUACAUUUUAUUGGGGAUUUUUUUCUCUAAGAGGUGAUUAUACAAAGCUUGACCAGUGGAUACUUUUUUCACCACAAAGCCUCAGGUUUAUUUUAGUUUCUUCGUAUUUUUCUAGAGCUUUUCUACUCGUCAUAAAAGCAAAACUCAUUGGAUAACACAGGAAUGGCUCGCUGGCUGCCACAGUGUUUUUCUUGGCAGUUUCAGGAUGUCCUGUUCCAUAAGGGAGCCCCCUUUUGGCAUGCCUGUCUGAAUGCGUGAGUGCAUGUUUGUCUAGAAAUUCUGUUUAUAUUUUGAUGUGCAAUUCUCUGUAUUACUAGCUCAACAGAGGUGUCAUUUUAAAUAUGUAUGCACUGCUUUUUCUGUGUCAUGUGAUUUAAAUAAAGUCUGUUAAAAAGAG